ACUGUUAUAUUAGUCCUUGUCUUUGUCUCGCCGUCUGAGGUAGGUCCGUCCCCGGAAAAAAAUUUGUCUGAAGUCCUCUUGUUUGAAAAGUGGUUGGAGCAAGCCCUCGCCGGAGGGCGGAGCUCCGGCGAGUGCAUGUGUGGCUUGGUGACUAGGAUUAAUGAACCCACGUGGCAUUAAAAAAUAAAUAAAAAAUAAAAAUCAAAUUACAACUCAGAAUUUUAAACCUAAUUAACCUAUUUCUAAUUAACCCUAACUUAAUUAACCAAAAACUAAUUUCCCCCCCAAACUUAACCCAAUUCACACCAAAUCAACCCUACCCCCAAAUCAACCCAAUCCCAAUCUGAAGUAGCAGGGUUCUCCUUCAUCGUAAGCCUUAUCGUGUUCUUCCUCUGCCGUCUCCUGUUCUUCUUCAUCGUCUUCCUCUUAUCGUGUUCUCCUUCCUCUCUAUCUUGUUCUUCUGGGUCGGCUUUGGUGCGGCUUCUUCUGGGUCUUGUCGUUUUCUCCUUUUCCUCUCCUAUUUGGUGCGACUUCUUCUGGAUCUUACAUGGAUAGUUCUUCUGGUUUCAAGGGUUCCACUGCUUCCUCCUCUCGUUUCAGGCAGAGGCCACGAUCUGCAGGUGCAAGGGCUAACUGUCCUUGUGGUCUUCCUCUCAUUAUUUACACUGCUGGUACUCGAGUGAACUCAGAAAGGAGGUUUUUGAGAUGCAGAAAUUGGCAUUUACCAGGCACAUGUAAUUUCUUUUUUUGGAUUGAUGAUCCUGUUGAUGAAAGACAACCCAGGCAUGUAGAGGCUGAUACUGACAUUUCUGAGAUUGACAAUUCAUCUAACUCUGUGCUUCCUGGACCUGAUUUGAAGAAGAAGAUGAAGAAGUUAAAGAAGAAGGUUGAAAUUGAGACAUUUCACAAGAAUGUUGCACGGUUGAUUGCUCUGAUUUCUUGGAUAGUCACAGUUCUGGUGUUUUUGUAUGGCAAGAGUUUGAAGGGUUGAAGGGUUUCAAGGGUUUCAAGUUAAUUCUGUUUUAGGGUGGUUGGUUUGUGUUAGGGAAUGAAUUUGGUUGUUUGUUCUAGGGGAUGUAUGUGGUUGUUUGUGGGAUGAAAUACUUGUUGUGUAGCAUGAAUUCAACUUAAUGAAAUGAAAGAAAAGUUGUUGUCUCUCAUUUAUGUCUCAUUCCUACUUCCUUUACCAUACACAGUUAACAUUGAAAGAAAAAUGAUAGUAUAAGGACUUAAACAUGAAGUCAAACAUGUAAGUAAAGAUGCAAAACUUUAAACAGAAACAAGAGAAGGACUUUAACCUUGAAUUUGAAGUGCAACAUCAAUACAUAAGGAGGACUUAAACAUGAACUUGUUGUUUGGACCAUAUAGUCACAGCAAACAAAACAACAUAAACAACAUAAAAGCCUGUUUUAAUAACUAACAAAAGCAAGUGGCUAUAGUUUUGUGGUCCACAA